UAAAGCUCCGCUCCUAUACAGCUAAAUGUCGAUUGAUUAUAUACAAUAAAGGAAUGCGCUGUCAUUUUCAUAGAAAACAAGAAAAAUGAAAAAAUUUUUAAAUGAAAUUUAUUUGUUUCAACGAUCUAAAUUUGUAAUGGCAACAGUAUACGACGAUUUAUUUUUGGAUAAAACACUAGUUCUGCUAUUUUCAUCUGAGGGUAUACGAGAAACGGAAAUAAAUUCUGUUUUAUUUAUUUUUCAACAUUCUGAGGAUAAGGACGAAAGACUGUUUAUAAAUAAAAAAUGGAAGAAGAUGAAGAGAGAAAUUUUGAGCGCGAGCGCAGAAGUACAAGUUCGCAAUCGAAUUCGUUUAAUUCCGCGAGAUCAUCAUCUCAACAUACGUUAUUCAACAGUUGUUUGGAAUUUGAAGAAAUAAAUAAAGAAAUGGAAACCACAAUAAUUGAAAAUCAAUUGAAUAAUCAGGCUCAUGGAUCAUUAUCGAAAUAUUGUGAAAUAAAACACGAGGAUUUAGAAGAUUGUGACCUAAAUGGUCAAGGUUCGGAACUGGAGGAUUUUAAUUUAUAUUUUCGUGAUAGAAUUCGUAAAAUUGAUUUUAUCCUCGUUUACGAUGAAUACGAUCAGGAUGCAUUGACUUAUAAAAAUCAAAAAUUCCGCAGGAAAUUCGAAGAAAAUUUAUCAGCUGAGGGUCUUGAAUUUGAAUAUGAGUUACCUGAGAAAAAUGGUUUGUGUUUUAUAAAAAUUCAUGCACCACGUGAUGUAUUGAGAAGAUAUGCGGAAAUUUUAAAACUUCGCCUACCAAUGAAAGAAAUAUCACGUUUAAAAACAUUACCAAUACGUGGUGCUGGUAAUAUGAUAAUCGAUGAAGUAAAUUCAAUUUUUCAUCGUUUAAUGAAAAAAUAUUAUGUGAAUACAAUUAUUUUUCCAACAAUGAAACAUUGUUUCACAGCUGUUUAUAGUCGUGAUAAAGAAUAUUUAUUUGACAUUGAUUCACCGGAAUUUUUCACCUCAUCGACAAGAUCAAGAAUUGUUCAAUUUAUUCUUGAUAGAACUAAAUUUGAUGAAUUUGCUUUUGGAAUUGAGAGACUUAUUUCGGAAAAGGCGUACGACUCUGCAUAUCCAUUACACGAUGGCAAUUUAAAGAAUGAAAAUUCAAUGCGCUAUCUUUUGUACACUGAAUGGGCGAAUGUGAAAAAAUGUCUUCACUAUCAGCCAUUGGAUUAUGUGAAAGAAUAUUUUGGCGUGAAAAUUGGUUUAUAUUUCGCUUGGCUUGGAUUUUAUACUUAUAUGUUAAUACCAGCGAGUAUCGUUGGUCUUCUUUGUUUUUUAUACGGUUGUUUAACAAUCUAUUCAAAUGAACCAAGUGAGGAUAUUUGUAGUCGUAAUUUAUCAAUAAAAAUGUGUCCACUUUGUGAUCAUUAUUGCCGCUAUUGGGAUUUAAGCGAAACAUGUUUUCAUGCACGAGUCACUUAUUUAUUUGACAAUCCUGCAACUGUAUUUUUUGCCGUUUUCAUGUCAUUGUGGGCUACACUUUUUUUGGAGCUAUGGAAAAAAUAUUCAGCUGAAAUUACUCAUCGAUGGGAUUUGACGAGUAUAGACGUUCAUGAGGAACAUCCACGACCACAAUAUUUGGCACGUCUCGCUCAUGUGAAGAAAAAAAAAGUGAAUUUAAUCACCGAUUCAAUUGAGCCAAAAGUUCCUUUUUGGAAAGUUAAAUUGCCAGCUACAAUUUUUAGUUUUUCGGUAAUUUUAUUGUUGAUAGCAGUGGCAAUGGCUGCUGUUUUAGGUGUGGUUUUAUAUAGAAUAUCAGUUCUAUCAGCCCUUAGUGUUUAUGGUCAUCCAUCAGUAACAAGUUACGCAAUUCUUUUUACAACAACAACUGCCGCUUGUAUUAAUUUAUGCUGUAUAAUUGUCUUCAAUUGGAUUUAUGUUUGGUUGGCGGAAUAUUUAACUGAGGUAGAACUACCACGAACGCAAACAGAAUUUGACGAUAGUUUAACGUUAAAAAUUUAUCUUCUUGAAUUUGUCAAUUAUUAUGCAUCAAUUUUUUAUAUAGCAUUCUUUAAGGGAAAAUUUGUUGGAUAUCCGGGGAAUUAUAAUCUUUUUUUUAAAAAUCGUCAAGAGGAAUGUGGACCCGGUGGUUGUUUAAUGGAACUUUGUAUUCAAUUGAGUAUAAUAAUGAUUGGAAAACAAGCAAUGAAUACAAUAUUAGAAAUGCUUUUUCCGUUAUUUUAUAAAUGGUUGAAUACAAUUAGAGUACAAAUGAGCUAUAAAGAGGAAAGAAAAAGUAGAAAAAAUUCGAUAAGAACAUUUCUUCCAUGGGUGAGAGAUUAUAAACUCGUUACAUGGGGACAAAGAAGUUUAUUUCCUGAAUAUUUAGAAAUGAUCUUGCAAUAUGGAUUUGUAACUAUUUUUGUUGCCGCUUUUCCUCUGGCACCAUUUUUCGCAUUAAUUAAUAAUAUUUUAGAAAUGCGAUUAGAUGCACGAAAACUUUUGACAUUAUAUCGACGACCCGUGGGACAACGAGUUCGAAACAUUGGAAUUUGGUACAAAAUUUUAGAUUCUGUCUCAAAACUUUCGGCUGUUACAAAUGCUUUUAUUCUUGCCUUCACAUCAAAUUUUAUACCACGUUUGGUUUAUCGAUUAACAAUCUCUGAAGAUUAUUCAUUGAAAGGAUUUUUACAGCAUUCACUGUCAAAUUUCAAUACCAGCGAAUUUAAAGAAGAAUCGCGACCAAUUAUUGAAAUUAAUAAUAAACAUACAAAUAGUUGUUAUUAUCCAGAUUAUCGUCAACCACCGGGUUCAAUUAAUAAAUAUGAAUAUACAAAUUUAUUUUGGCAUAUUUUAGCAGCAAGACUUGCAUUUGUGGUUGUAUUUGAGAAUGUAGUCGCACUAGUCAUGAUUCUAGUCAGAUGGAUUAUUCCCGAUAUGAGUAAUCAACUUCGCACGCGAAUUCGUCGGGAAAUUUAUAUAACAAAUGAAAUUAUAAUUCAACACGAGGCUCAAAGAGCUUGUGGACGAUUAAAUAUAUCAAAAGAUCAAUGGAAUCGUGUUAUUCGAGAAUCAAUGUCAGAUCUCGAUUUGGAAGUUCAAUUAAAAUCGAAUAUUUAAAUUCUCUUCUUUUUGGAUAUAGUUUCCUUAAUAUUCUCAUUGAGAAAUAAAAUUUUUACAAAAUGUAUCAAUUUAUUUUUACAAGGAAAAAAUUGCAAUGGAUCCAAAAGAACAAAAAAAAAAAAAAAAUACAUAAUUUGACAAUGAAAAUCUUAAAGAAAAUUAAGAUAAACGGAGAAGAAUUGACUUGAGUAAACAAACAAUAUAAAGAAAAGAACUAGCACAAAACGAAUUUUAAGAUAAAUAUAAAAACAAAAUAAAUGUGCAACUUAUUUGCAAAAAAUAAUGCAAUUAAAAAAAUUGCAAUUUACAAAAAGUAAUAGUAAAAGUGUGGAAAAUUAUAUUUCUAAAAUUAUUACAGAAAAAAUUAACAAUUUUACUAAAAAUGAAAUUUAAACAAUGACAGUAAAAAUUGAUUAAUUUGUGAUCUUUCUCUUUAGAACUCAAGACUGACUAAUUUUGUUUUAAAAUAUCUAUUUUUAUAAGCACAUUGCUUGAAAAUGUUUCUACGAAACGAAAAUUAAAGAUUAGACUUGUCUUUUUUUCCAUAAAUCCUAUAUCUUACAGAAUUCAAUAAAAAUUAGCUUUAAUAGUUUUUUUCUACAACAUUGUAAAAAAAAAAAAUUCCACCACUGAUGUUUCGUAUGAAAAUGUAACAAUUUAAUUUAAAUUCUUAAAUUAGAUAAAAUAAAUAUCGUUUCUUUCAUUCAGGUCACUGCGAUUAUUUUCUUAAUUAUAAUAAUAUUCACAAAACAAAAAAAAAAAAAAAUGUUUUUCUCACUGUAUUAUUAUAUCGAUUAUUGAAUUAAUCGUUCAUGCGUUUUUUUUUUGAACUUAAAGACUGAUGAUUCGAAUUUCAGGCCAAAAGUUGUUAUUUUUCUGCGGUUGCCUAUUAAUAAUUGUCAUUUUAUCGAAGUUGUAAUAUUAUCCAAGUGAUAAUAGAAUAUUUAUAUUAUAUAAUUUCAUUAAAAUAAAAUAUUUUCGAAAUUAUCUUCAUUCAUUCAUAUUUUACCUAUUUUGGUUCAUUUUCCUCAUUUUGAUUAUUAUUUAAUUGUUUUUAAAAUUUUUCUCCUAAUGGUGUUUUAGUAAAAGACCAAAUUUUCAUUAAAAAAAUUUGUGAGGUAGAAGAAAAUUGGUCAUUUAGGCAAAUUUUUUUUUUUUUUU